GAAAUCAUGAUAUAUACACACAUUCAUAUAUAUAAAAAUAGUGUUCAAUAGUUUUGACAGUUCUUGGCACCAUCUCAAAACUCAGAACAUUGAAGUUAUUGUUGUUAAUAUUUCUAAAGUUUAAUUACAUUAAUGAUAAUAAAUACAAUAAUGUAAAAAAUAAAUUGUGAAAUAGUUCAACGCGUUUAAUCAUUUUUGACAUUGUUUGUCAAAUUCUUUCGACAUAGUAUGUAUAUAUAAAUGCAUCAGGUUCCGGCUAUGCAGCUCAGUCGAGUUUGCAAUUUUUCUUUGUUCAGAAUGUGAAUAUAAAGAAAAAAAAAAAUCUACACAAUAGAAUUGAGGAUCUCAUAUUUGGAAACAAAGAAACAUCAACAUGUGGAAACCGUUUGAAGCUGGAAGUUCUCCAAUAGAUUGGUGCGAAGGAAAUUAUAAUAUAUCACCGAGCAUUGCAGAAUUUAUGAAUACGUUGAGCAAUGUAGUCUUUUUAUUACUUCCACCUGUAUUAAUGCACCUUUUUCGUGAUUAUGGAAGAUUUGUAAAUCCAGGAAUUCAUGUGAUAUGGUUUCUACUUAUGAUAGUGGGUGUGAGUAGUGCCUACUUUCAUGCAACUUUAUCUUUAAUAGGUCAGCUUUUGGACGAGUUAGCUAUAUUAUGGGUAUACAUGGCUGGUUUUUGUAUGUUUUUCCCAAGGAGAUAUUUUCCUAAUGUUUUCCGUAAUGACAGAAAACGUUUUUCAAUGUUUGCUACUUUUCCAACUUUAAUCGCUACUGGUUUGGCAUUGGUACAUCCAGCAUUAAAUGCAUUUGCCUUAAUGAGCCUUGGUAUACCAGCAUUUGGUUUUAUGAUAAUAGAACUUAAAAGAACAACAUCGAUGAGGGUCUACAGACUGGGUGUUCGUUGCGCUGCUGUUUGGAUUUUAGCUGUUGCGUGUUGGUUAAAUGAUCGUUUGUUCUGCGAUACUUGGUUAAAUUUAAAUUUCCCAUAUCUUCAUGCCUUAUGGCAUCUAUUCAUUUUUAUAGCAAGCUAUACAGCAGCAGUACUCUUUGCUUAUUUUUCCGUUAAGGAAGAAAGACCACAACAAUCGCCUAUACUUCGAUAUUGGCCAAGGAACGAUUUCGAACUUGGUAUACCAUACGUAACAAUUAAAAGUUAUGUUAAAAUUGAUACAAACAGUAACAUAUAAUUAACAUCGAGUAACAUAUCAGUAAGGCUAUAACGUGCAUUUAUUAUCCAUUUAGUAAAAUGGUAGUCGAUUAAAAAACGAACAACAAUAUGGCGUGUUUAACACAAAAUAUUUUGUAUAUCUAUUUUAUACAAAAUCCGUUCUUAUACAUUUGAGCGGAAUGUAAGAUUGUUAUACCAAACAGUAUGUGAGAGGAUAACGUAUGUCCUUAUGGAGAUUACUUACAUUUAAAUUAAUUGUUAUAUGUAUAUAUCGGAAAUUUUAUUUAAAAAAAUCUUUUAUUUAAAUUCGUUUUUAAAUUGAUUUAAUUGUUAACAUUUAUUUACGUAUUUUAUCGUAUAUAAUUUGUUUAAAAAAAACAAUGUGAUAAUUAGCUUAUUAAAUGUAUGAUUAUUUAUAAAAUUUUAAGUACAUUAAUUGAGAAUUGAACUGUGUAAACAAUUGAAUUGUUUUUUAUUCAGAUAAUUGAAAUGAAUAUUUCAAAGCGAACGUCUUAAAGACAAUUUACUUUAAUUUAUAUUAUACUUAAUGAAAUAACACUAACAUUUGUCGUGAUAUUUAACUAUCGUAUAGUAUUCCAUAAAAGUGCAUGAUACAAUAUUGCAAGUUUCUAUAUGUCUUAAAAGUAUAUUGCAUUAUUGAGCAUGAAUAAGAAGAAAAUAUAUAUAUUUUGUAGUUAUAUAUUAUUUAUAUUUAAGUGUAUACUAUGUACACACAUACAUAUAUAAUAUCAAAUUUGCGUACUUAGAACUUAGAAAAGAUAUAUAUAAGUAAAAGAUUCGUAUCAGUGUAUUAAAAUUAACGAUAUGAAUAAACACGUGUAACAAUAAGAUUAAUAAAGAUAUUAAAAAUAUA